UCCAGUGUUGCUAAAUACUGAAAAAAAAAACGCACAGCUGAUCACAGGCAAGGCUCCGAUUGGUGCUCAGACUUCACUGUGCUGCAGUGCAUCUGGCAUUUUUGUUCCACUGUGCGCUGCACGUUACGGACUUGCGGCAUGGCAGAGAACCGCAGACGUUUUCGCAACAAAAAACGCGAAGAUGGACGUCAGGGUCCUUCAACGUCAACACCCGUGACAAUUGCACGUCGCGAAGACCUACGCACGCCCCUAGUCCAGACAAAGAUAUUGUUAAAAAAAGAGGGCGACUCGAAUCCGGGAAGUGGCAGCAGUGGUAGCAACAACGAUCUUCCCACAUCCAUCAGAACAAUCAUCAUCAAUCGCAGCGAUGCAGCGCCCCACGGCUGCAAUCCAGCUCCACCCAAUCUCAUUUCCGCGUUAAACAGCUCAACAGCGGCCAAAGAGAAAACAAAUGGCACAUCGAAUCCCAAUCAGGACUCACAAUUACCAACUCGAAUGACAAGAUCGACGUCUCUGUUCGUAGCAAACGGCGUCUUCAACGCCAAUGCACGCAAACUCUUCCACAGAAGCAAUACGGAUUUCGCUGUCAUCGGCGUGAUGGGCGCCCAGGGUGUUGGAAAAUCCACGCUGCUCAAUCUUCUAGCCAAUGAACGUGCCAGUGACUACGAUUACUAUCAGCAUCUGAUUGCUCCAGAGGCAGACGAGUGCAUAUUUUCCAUAAAACAUUGCUCCAAGCACCAAAACCAAUCGCAGGUGCAUCAACACCAGCACCAGCAUCAGCACCAGCACCAGCACCAGCACCAGCAUCACCAUCACCACCAGCAGCAGCAGCAACAGCAGCAGCAACUGCAGCAGCAGUUGAAUGGCACCAAGCAGGUGCUGCAUCCGCGUACUGAAACUCUACAGUUCUUUAUUACUCGGGAACGUUUUGUGCUGCUGGAUGCGGCGCCGAUGCUGGCCGGCAGCACGGCCAAGGAGGCAGACUAUUUGGAUCUGCAAACGCUGUCCACUAUGAUGCAAUUGCUCAGCGUUUGCCAUGUCUUGUUGCUGGCACUGGAUGAUCUGAACCUGGAGCAAGUGCGUCUAUUGCAUGCCGCUCUGCGGCUGCGUCCACGUGCGCCCUGCAAGGGCUACGUGCGCAACUACUUGCCCCAGUUGAUAUUUGUCCGCACACGCGCCAAGCGUCAGGAUUAUGAACCAGCUCGUCGCGAUCAGCUGGACAAACAGUUGGCGCUGCUUUUCGAGAGCACCGGCCUGCCCAUCUAUCGAGGGCGCGGCGAGGCGCGUGUCCUUAACAGUUUAUUGCUCCCAGAGCUGUGUGGCAAUGCAGCCGCUGCUCAUCAUGCGAGUGCGUCGGAGCUAGUGCGUCAAUUCCGUGAGCGCGUUUUCAGCACGGUUCGUAUAUCCAUGUGCAACAGCAACGACUUCACCGAAGUCCUUUGGUUCGAACUGCUGGCCGAGACGGCCAAGAUCUGUGCCACGGACAGCCAACACUUCGAGCAGCUCUUCGCGGAGAUCAAACUGCGGCACCUCGAGCUGCGACCCAAAUGGCGACCCGACUCCAAUUGGCGCAACGAAUCCGCCUGAACUGCAAUCUGCACAUGCAUCAGAGCAGCAUAGAGUGACAGGGACAGAGACAGAUGGAGCUGCAUAAAUAUACUACUAUUAGACCUAUAGAUAUAUCGCUUGUAUAUACUCGCACAUACUUAUAUUACAUAUGUAUCGAUAACUAUCGAUUUACAUAUGCAUAAAGACGACUUAGAUAUAUUCGGCCUAUGGCUGCAAUUUCGGGGCUGGCGUUGGGGCUCUCUGUCGCGGAGAUAUUAUAAUUUAGUUAUAUAAUAUGGGGACUGACAUAUAUUUGUCAUGGCUCUUAUCUAUCGGGCAUUUAUGAAGCGGAUCUUGUGUUCAUCAGUUGUCAAUCGAUA